UCAAACAUAGGCUAUUGAUCACUGUGGGCUUCAAAGCUAUUGCAUUUUCGGGACAUAAUUCCUUAACUAUUGGUAUGCAUACCGCACACGAAAGAAAUGCGUAAAACGCUUUUAGUCCCAGCGUGAUUCAAAUUUCCUGAUAUUAUUGGAAAGGGAGGAAAAACGGCGAAAAACGGUUCAGCUCUCUGGAUUGAGUUGAGGUAUACGGCGCGUGCAAUCAAAACCCCCUCAUGGGGGCUAUUUUGCUAUCAUAGACGCAUGCGAUUGGUCCACCUCUGAUCAGAUGGUAUAGUUCCCCUCUGCCCCACACUGGCACCUCGCCACCCCCCUUCAGCAAAAACCCAAUCUCCGAUAAACUACUAAUAGCUAAACCACUUGGACUAUAAAACACAACAAAUCAUAAUCCCUGGAAAAGAACGGUGCACUCCCAAUGAGUUCCUAUUUUGUAAACUCAACUUUCCCUGUGACUCUGCCCGGCGGACAGGAGUCUUUCUUGGGACAGAUACCGUUAUACUCCUCCGGAUACACGGAUCCUUUAAGACACUAUCCCACCGCCGCCUAUGGAGCUACCAAUGUGCAAGACAAGGCUUACCCGUCCUCUUAUUAUCAGCAAGCGAGCGGUGCCUACGGUCGGACCAGUACUACCGGUGCAUGCGACUAUUCGACGGCCAGUUUUUACAGAGAAAAAGACGCCGCCUGUGCGCUUUCAAGUUUAGAAGAGCACUCGCUCGUUUUAAACCAGGAUCAGCGUAAAUCAGACUGCCCGGGACAGAAUAAAAGCAUAUUCACUGAUGGCGACGAAAUGAAGUCUUCUGCCCCGGUCUACCCCUGGAUGCAAAGGAUGAAUUCGUGCAAUGGAACCUUCGGCAACACUGGCCGCAGGGGUCGUCAGACAUACACCCGAUAUCAGACACUGGAGUUGGAGAAAGAGUUCCAUUUUAACAGGUAUUUGACCAGACGGCGUCGAAUCGAGAUUGCGCACGCCCUAUGCCUGACUGAACGGCAGAUAAAGAUAUGGUUCCAGAACCGACGGAUGAAGUGGAAAAAAGAAAAUAAACUGAUCAACUCUUCACAAUCCAACGCAGAAGAGGAGGAAGACAAGAGGACAGAAUGACGACAAAGAUGCAAUAAUAAUAAUAAUAAUAAUAAUAAUGGAUGCAGAUAAACUCGAAAUAAAAUCAAGAUUUUUUCCCGUUAUUUGCACCGGUGAAGUUGUGUUUCGUAAGUUUGCUGUAGCAUUCCAGUUGUCCUCCCUACUAUAUAUAUAUAUAUAUAUAUAUAUAUAUAUAUAUAUAUAUAUAUUCCGUGAAACCGAUUUCCUGAUUGUGUCUUGUAUUCUCAUUUAGAAUUUUUCUCCCAUGACGUAUAUUGUCGUGCUCAAGAAGACUAUUUCAAAUAUAUGUCAUGUUCGUGUUCUUGUUUAAAUUGUAAAAAUUAAAAAAGCCAAUUCUUUGCAUGAUUAAAUUGCAUAUUUCUUUCGUAAGUUAAAUACCUGGGGUCUAGAUGUGACUUUAUUUAUAGUUUAAGGACAACCAAUCUACUGAAACAGAGCUACCUAGACUAGCUCAGAAGCAUAUAUUUUAUUAACUUUAUACGUGGUUGUGUUUGUAGCUUUGUCACGAGAGCUAUAUAAAGGAAGAAUCCCUCAGUAAAAAUGUCUCAACUUGUUAAUCUGUCAUAUUUUAAAGCGAAGCUGGUCUACGUCUGUUGUAUCAUGGACAUUUAUUCAGACAACACCUGAGGGCGGUGCCACUGUGAAAAAUCACAUUUCAUUUCCAGUUAUGUCCAAAUAAAUUGUCUUACUGAGAUUA